AUGUGGCUGCAGAUUCUAUUUAUUCUGCCCACCCUAAUCCAAGGGGUCCAACGCUACGACCAGAGCCCCUUGGACGCGGGUCCUUACUACCGUAGUGGCGGCGGCCUGAUGUCCAGCUCGGGCACUGAACUGGACGGCCUGCCCCAUCACAACCGCUGCGAACCGAUCACCAUUUCGAUCUGCAAGAAUAUACCCUACAACAUGACCAUUAUGCCGAAUCUUAUUGGACACACCAAGCAGGAGGAGGCCGGCCUGGAAGUCCAUCAGUUUGCUCCGCUCGUCAAGAUCGGCUGCAGCGAUGAUCUGCAGCUCUUCCUCUGCUCCCUCUACGUUCCGGUCUGCACCAUCUUGGAGCGACCCAUUCCACCGUGCCGCUCCCUCUGCGAGUCGGCCCGCGUUUGCGAGAAACUGAUGAAGACCUACAACUUCAACUGGCCGGAGAAUCUCGAGUGCUCCAAGUUCCCAGUCCACGGCGGUGAGGAUUUGUGCGUGGCGGAGAACACCACCUCGGCUGCCUCCACGGCUGCCACGCCUACACGCAGUGUGACCAAGGUCACCACCCGAAAGCACCAGACCGGAGUGGAGAGUCCGCAUCGGAAUAUUGGAUUCGUGUGCCCCGUCCAGUUGAAAACGCCGCUGGGAAUGGGCUAUGAACUGAAAGUCGGCGGAAAGGUUGGUGCUUUUUUAAGAAAUUAA